AUGCCUGCUGAUUAUCCUGAUACUGCAGUUUUUGGCUUCUUAUUGAUUUUAUUCGUCCUUGUUUAUGGACACUAUACCGGCAGGAAGGUCCACACACUGCCACCUGGUCCGAAGAGGAUCCCCAUAUUCGGUAAUCUAUAUCAACUGCCCUUAAAACAGCAAGCCAAGGAAUUUCAAAAGUGGGCCGAAAAUUAUGGUGACAUAUUCUACUUUGACGUUUUUGGCCAGCCAGCGUUGGUGGUAAAUUCUAUGCAAGCAGCAUUUGAUCUGAUGGAUAAACGAGGCUCUAAAUACUCUGAUCGUCCGAGGACGGUUGUUCUGACUGAGCUUUCCGGGCUCCACCCCAUUGCGUCGCUCCUUCCUUACGGAACUCAGUGGCGGCAACACCGCAAAUGGUUAACAACCGCGUUUCAGACGAAAAGCUCUCGAAAGUUACAGGUCACGCAAGGAGAAACAUGUUCGACGAAUGUUGGCCGCACUCAUCGACACGCCGGCCAAUUUUAUGUUUCUCCUGAAGAGGUGCAGUAG